AUGUCGGCGACGCCCCCGAUGAGCCACCCGACUCGGCCGGGCCUCGACGACCUCCCGGAUCCACCCGCGGCGCCCAGGAAGAAGAAACCGACGCGGUCGCGCGUGUUCCCGGCGCCCGCGGACGACGACGACGCGGCGACGACGCCGGCGGCGUCGCGGCGGAGGCUGGUGUUUGGCGACGGGGGCGAGUUUGACUCCCCGGAGGGCGGCGGCGGCGCGGGUGCCGCGGGCGGGGCGGGUGGGACGAGGACGCCUGCGUCGCCGCCGAUGACGCGGGGGAGGGCGAGCGGGGGUAAGGAGCCGAAGACCCCGCCCGUGUCCAAGAUCAAGUCGAUGCCGAGGUAG